GGGCGCGCGCGCGCAAGGCGGCGGUAGUAGUGGUGGUGCUGGCGGUGUCGGCCGGGCCCCCUCUUCCCUUUUGCUCCAAGCUCCACCUUUCGGCUUCCUCGCACCGUCAAUCAAAACAAGUGGGGGGGGGGACCCCGGAGUGGGAGCCAGGCCGCCGCCUCCUCCUCCUCCACCACCACCACCAGCAGAACCACCUCCGCCGCCGCCGCCGCUUCAACCCCGCGCGCACAAUAAGCAUGUCCCCGGCGGUGGCGACAGCAGCAGCAGCAGCGGCGGCGGCUGCCUAGCCUUAGCAGCGGCAGCGGCCGCCAGCGGGGCCUGCGCGCCAGAGACCAGCGGGGUUCAAGCCAGCGCUUUUCCUUCCUUCCUCCCUUCCCUCCUCGCCUGCCAAGUCGCUCGCUCGUCCUCCCGCCAUGACCGCUCCGGAGAAGCCCGUGAAACAAGAGGAAAUGGCUGCCUUGGACGUGGACAGCAGCGGCGGCGGCGGCCCCCACGGCGAAUAUCUGCAGCACGGGAACGGCGGCUCUGCAGCGGCUUCGGCCGACGCCUCGGACGAGUCGGGCACCCCGCAGGACACCCAGCCGUCGCCGCUGGCGCUCUUGGCGGCUACCUGCAGCAAGAUCGGGCCGCCGUCGCCGGAGGACGACGACGACGACGCUUCUCCGCCUGCCGGAGCGGCAGGGGAUUUGUCAUCUGUACAGUUAGCAGGAACUCCAAAUAGAUGGGAGGUGCUGUCUGCUACGCCAACAACCAUCAAAGAUGAAGCUGGCAAUAUAGUACAGAUCCCGGGGACUGCCACAGUAACUUCAAGUGGGCAAUAUGUUCUUCCCCUACAGAGUUUGCAGAAUCAACAGAUAUUUUCUGUUGCAUCUGGAUCGGAUUCGUCAAACGGCGCAGUGCCCAAUGUCCAGUAUCAAGUGAUACCCCAGAUUCAGACAGCUGAUGGUCAGCAAGUUCAGCUGGGUUUUGCAGCCUCUUCUGACAACGGUAGUGUAAAUCAAGAAACCGGUCAAAUUCAAAUCAUUCCUGGCUCCAAUCAAACCAUCAUUGCCUCUGGAACAUCUUCUAGUAAUAUUCAGAAUAUAUUAUCACAGACUGGCCAAGUCCAAGGGGUUACCAUUGGCAGUUCGUCUUUCCCUGGGCAAGCACAGGUAGUUGCUAACGUUCCUCUUGGACUGCCGGGAAAUAUUGCUUUUGUUCCCAUCAAUAGUGUUGAUCUAGAUUCUCUGGGACUAAGUGGUUCUCAAACCAUGACUGCAGGCAUUAACGCCGACGGGCAUUUGAUAAGUACUUCACAGGCGAUGGAUAGUUCGGACACUUCUGAUAGGACUGCUGAGCAGGUUUCUCCUGAAAUGACGGAAACCACCACCGAUACAGACUUGUUUGUGCCAACAUCUUCUUCAUCACAACUGCCUGUAACUAUAGACAGUACCAGUAUAUUGGAGCAGAAUGCAAACAGCCUGUCUACUAAUACUGGGCAAGUACACAGUUCUGAUCUUCAGGGAAAUUAUAUCCAAACAUCUGUCUCGGAAGAGACCCAGGCUCAGAAUAUUCAGGUCUCCACAGCACAGCCUAUUGUGCAGCACAUACAGCUUCAGGAGUCUCAGCAAACAACCAGUCAAGCCCAAAUUGUACAAGGUAUUGCGCAGCAGACAAUCCACGGGGUGCAGGCUGGCCAAGGGAUAUCGCAACAGGCUUUGCAGAAUCUUCAGCUUCAGUUGAACCCUGGGACGUUUUUAAUCCAGGCGCAGACAGUGACCCCAUCUGGGCAGAUAACCUGGCAGACGUUUCAAGUGCAAGGAGUUCAGAACUUGCAGAACUUGCAGCUGCAGAAUGCCCCUGGCCAACAAAUAACGUUGACCCCUGUGCAGACGCUCACUCUGGGUCAAGUUGCAGCAAGCGGGGGCUUGACUUCGACUCCUGUUAGCCUAAGUACUGCUCAGUUGCCAAAUCUACAGACAGUUACAAUAAAUUCCAUAGAUUCUGGUGGCAUUCAGCUGCACUCAGGAGAAAAUGCCGACAGUCCUGCAGAUAUCAGGAUUAAAGAAGAGGAGCCUGAUCCAGAAGAAUGGCAGCUUGGUGGUGAUUCUACACUGAAUACCAAUGAUCUGACACAUUUGAGAGUGCAGGUGGUGGACGAGGAAGGGGACCAGCCACAUCAAGAAGGGAAGAGAUUGCGAAGAGUCGCUUGCACCUGUCCUAAUUGUAAAGAAGGGGGUGGAAGAGGCACCAAUCUGGGGAAGAAGAAACAGCACAUCUGUCACAUACCUGGCUGCGGGAAAGUGUACGGGAAGACAUCACACCUGAGAGCUCACCUUCGCUGGCAUUCUGGAGAGCGUCCGUUCAUUUGUACUUGGAUGUUCUGUGGGAAAAGGUUCACCCGCAGCGAUGAGCUACAGCGGCACAGGAGGACACAUACAGGUGAAAAGAAGUUCGUCUGCCCAGAAUGUUCAAAGCGCUUCAUGAGAAGUGACCAUCUUGCCAAACAUAUUAAAACGCAUCAAAAUAAAAAGGCUAUUCACGCUAGCAGUACAGUGCUGGCCUCGGUAGAAGCAACGCCGGAGGAUACUUUGAUUACUGCGGGCGGAACAACGCUUAUCCUUGCUAAUAUUCAACAAGGUUCUGUUUCAGGGAUAGGGACUGUUAACACUUCUGGCACCAGCAAUCAAGAUAUUCUUACCAACGCUGAAAUACCUUUACAGCUUGUUACUGUUUCUGGAAACGAGACAAUGGAAUAAAUAUUACACAAGAUACCUAUUAAUUGUGGUUAUUUUUAUACAGUAGUGAGAAGAAUAUUGUUCCUAAGUUCUUAGAUAUCUUUUUAUUGAUGUGCAAAAAUUUUUGGAUUGACAGUAACUUGGUUAUACAUGACACUGAAAUGCCUUACUUUGUAUGAUAUUCCAUAGUAUAUUAAAAUGGUAAAAUUGCAUGGGUUUUGUAGGUACUUUUGGAAUCUAGAAGAGAUUAAAUUUUACCAACUUGUAUAAAAAAUAAAUUUAACGAUGGAAAUGGUAGUCUAAUCAAAUGCAUCAAUCCUUUGUGGUUUAGUGUAAAAAUGAGAACAUGUUGGUAUUUAUCUAUUGUAAGAUAAAAGUUGAUUGGUGAAAGAAAUCAUGUUAUGAUAAAGAAAGAAAUUUUGUAAUUUUCUUGAUGACUGGAAUUUUUAUUAUGCAUAACUGACAAAUCAAGUUUCCAAGCAAAUGUUUCAUUGUAUAGGCUUUACUUAGCUCAUCAAGUUGUCAUUUUGAAGCUAAUUAUUUUAAUUAGGUUAACUAUGUACAAUAUUUUAAGCAUAACUCUCGUAAGAUUUUGAGAAGUACAUUUUAACAUGGAACUCUAGGGAUAGUUACCUUUUAAAUCCUGUUGAAAAGCCAUGUUUAAAGGUUUAAUUUUGCCAAAAUAAUGUAUUGUUAAUAUUCUUUCAGUAACUAAUUUGGACAAUAUAACCAAUAUUUAAAAUUAUUCAAAGGCUUAAAAGAAAAUAGGUUGCAGCAUUUUGGGUGGUGAAGCAAAAAUUAAAGGUGCCCUUUUCUUGAAUAUUGGAGGACCAAAAACUAAGGGGUGUCCGUUUCAACAUUGGUUUUUAUCUAAUCUUGUCUCUAAAAACAUCUGUCUGCCAGGGCCUUAAAAGCCAUCAUGUAAAUUUCCAGUUAAAAAACAAACAUAUGCAAAUAAUAGAAAUCAGUCCUACAGGGACAAUACUCCAAACUAUAUUAAUAUUAGUCAAUAGUGAAAUAAGGGUUUUUACAACGCUUUCUUCUGCCAAGCUUUUGGUUAGCUCUACAUUUAAAUGUCCACAUCUUUCCUUUAUGCUUCUUCCUUAAAUUGUAUGUAUCCAGUACAUUUAAGUGAUAAACAUAUAUGUUUUUUAUUACGCUGAAUUCUUUUUUAUUUUUUAAUUACUGUUUAUAUUUUCAAUAAUAGAAAAAAAAUGUACACACAUAAUUUGCAUAGCCAGUCUGUAAGUGCGCUACCCAUUUUACAAGGAAAAGGAAAAGAACAAUAAUUAACACCUGUUCACUAUUUACAAACAUUUGGGAAUCUGUUUAUUUGUUCAAACCACCUCAAAUUUAAAGGCUACCUUAUUGUACGUUUAAAAUGUAUUAUAACAGUGUGGUAGUUAAUAAAACACUAUUUUUUUUUCCUUUUGA